GAUACAGCUGCUCGCACAUAUUAUGCAAGCUUUCAUCCCAGCCGAUCGGAACGAGCGCGCUCUGAAAUUCUUGCAAGUGCGCGCUCUGGCAGGCCAAGCUGUGUCGCUAAUACAUCGCACUGUAAGUUAUAGCUGCGCACAUUCUCGAGGAAGGCAAGAAAGCGCAGUUACCGGCUUCGUUCAUACGCUGCACUCGCUCUCGCGCCCUGAAAAGAAGAUCACGUAUACAAGAAGCUGCGACUAAUCGAUCAUGCUAGUUGGUUCGAGCUUAAUCGCGCUGUAGCGCAAACGCACCCGGUGCGUCACACUUUCCAUGGCAUAUGUAGAUAGCUGGGCUAACGAGCCCGCCCGUGGGCUUUGUACGCGGGUGGUCUUGCGCCACGAUGCCGGAGUUGGGUGCCGGAGUCACAUCAAGGUCGCAAGAUCGAAACCCAUCAGGAACGGUUCGGCUCCGUUACCUGUGUAGGCACUGAACAUACUUGUGCCGAACUUCCCCGAAAGAGCGCCAUCUCGGCCUUCCUAGGUCGCUGCUCUACGGGUCAGCUGUAGUGCGUCAGUGCUGCUCUGGCUGCGGCGCGCCACUCAGUCGGCGACAUCAUCGUCGCCGUCCUGCCGAGCGGCCCCCGCUCUGGCACUCUUUGCCGAACAUCAUGACUUCACACCGUGGAGCCUUCGCGACCUAGCGUGGGUGGCGCGCCUGCUCGCCGGUCGACCUCGUCCUCAUGGCUUCGCGAUGCUUCUGGCGGGGCGCUCGCUGCUGCCGGGCUCGCAGUGGCGUGUCGCUGAGCGGCUCUUUCGGUAACGGAGGGCCGAUUGGAGCUGCUGGCGACUCUUGCUGUGGGCUGCUGCCGCGGCCUGACGUGGCGCCGGGCUCGCCGCGCGUGAACAGGGGCACGCUGCGGCGGGAGCCAGGACCGGCGUCUUCCGGGCGGCGGCGGCUGGAGCUGUGGGCGCAUCUACACAGUGGAGAGACCUGCUUGGCGAAUGCAGUCUGGCGAAGGCAGUCCAGCGAAGGCUGGCUGGCGCAGGCCGACUAAGCGAAGGCUGGCUGGCGCUGUCUGCUGUGCUAGGGUGUUGCGAGGCUGUGUGGACUUGGCUGGGCGGUGGGCGUGCCUGCACCGCCUACGCUAGGUUGCGGGCGCUGUGGCUUGUGCUGUCUGGUGGGACGGACCGGCUGAUCCUCGUGGUUCAGCGAACUUGCACGGCCCUAGGCCGUCUACAGGAUGCAGCUUCGGGCUGCACCCAACAGUGUGAGGGCCCUGCCCUGUUGGUGCUGGUGUUUUGGGGUAGGAGUUGCACUUUGCAAAGUGGCAGUCAGUCUGACGCCGACCCGCGGCUUAGGUGAGCAGCGCUAGCGUUUGCGGUGAGCCUUGCUCGGGGUUCCUCCCCUCCUUUAGUGAGGCGAGGAGCAUGGGGGUCAUUCGAGGUUCCCUCCUCGAGUGUGCGUACGUGUCUCGUGCGUUUAUGGAGCCCUGGCUUGCCCGUGGCUGUCAUCCCACAUGUAACCUCUAUUCGCUAACGAACGUGCAGGUGGGCGGAAACCGGCAGGGAGGUGUAGGUAUCUAGCACGGGUGUGUGAGGGCGGUGUAGAUGUUUAGAGGGUGUGAGGUGUGAGGGGGGACUAGCCGCACAGGUAGCGGCUUAGUUGCGGUUAUUGGGCAGGGCCAGCGGCUGGAUUCUUGCGUCAGGGGACCAGGCGGGCUAUGAAAAAGUAGUGCAGAAGACGGGCGCGCAAAUGUGCGCGUGUGGCGCGGUUGGCGUCGGGGCAUGGUAGGGUACGCGAAGCUUCGAUUGAAGCGGUAACUAACAACCGGUGACUCUCGUCACCACCUGCAAAUUUGUCGGUAAAUUGCUAUAUUUGUACGCAACGGGAACAGCAACAGGGAAGGCACACACGAAGGGCACUUGGGCGCGAUCAACCGGCAGGUCAACUGCUUGCUCGGCUGCUGCGGGCCCUGAAAGCUACGUAUUUAGCAUUUAUUUGAUGUUUCAUGUCAUUAUAUGAGCACAUCAAUGGAAGUGGAGGCUGCGGCUAUCAGUUUAGAGCGCGCGGAGCCAGGACGUCCGGAGCCGGCUCUAGGCCGCUCUCCUUGGCCUGGUCCGGGUUCAAUGCUUUGACAGCGCAAACCACCCUAAACAUCCCUUUGAUGAGAUAACUAUUAGCACAGAAGCGUUUUGGAAUUUGUGCAUAGGCUGUAAGCGUCUGGGCCGGGUAGACUUUGUCUUGCGCCAGCAAUCCCCGCUCAACACUACCGUUCCCGGCUGUAUUUUGUGCACAUAGCCAUGUAUUUGGCAGGAAUAUAAGUCUAGAUGGUAUUCCCGUUGGCAGCAUGAUGCGGCCAGCCUGCAGCCGCUUGUUUGCACGGAGCCGGCUCCAGGCCGCUCUCAAGGGCCUACCCUGCCCCUGUCCAAACAAGCACCGCGUGCGCCCCCUUUCACACCAGAGAUUUCUUUUGUCGUAUUUCGGGCAUAUUGUGCAUGCUGUUCAACUAGCUGUGAGCGUGGGCGACACGGCAAGCCAGCGGCAUCAACGUCACCCAGAGCCCCGCCAAGGCCCCAAGCUGCUCUCUUGCAGCUUCCUACAGCUAAACAUAAGAAUGGAGCGAAGCGGGCACCUAUGUACGCGAGGCUCGGAGACGACGACCGGUAUUUGACCGGCGCCUCCGCUGGUGGUCAGAGUUGUGUGUGUAGGCACUUCCUAAGUGAUAACUUAUGACACCGGCGUAAUUAGUGCACUACCAAGUAAGCUAUAGAGCCAUGGCGCAGCCGUAUGCGGUAUGCCGGUAUGCCGAACAUCGAUUGGCUCAUGCGCCCGAGUGGCCGUGUGAGCGCGAAGCACUUGACAUAAAUUGGUUUGCACAGGUGAUAUCAUAGAUUCCGUUCCUCUGAAGAGCUGUCACCGUGGAACAUUGCGAAGCAGUAAACAAUGAGCACAUAAACGCCUUUCUUUUCUUCUCGACCUAGUGUUGUGCAAACCGAUUCGCUCAUAUGGGCUGGUAACAUGUUGGGAAGCUGUCAGCAGUGGCGGUUCACCGACUCUAUCGACUCCCAGCAGGCACAUGGAGCCAUGGGGUCCUGCACUUGUGGAUAUAUCCCACCCAAGGUGGCCAGUGUGAAGGGCUAUGCCUAGUGCUUAGCUGGGAUAUGGCGCAUGUGCGAAUGGGGCGAGCGGUGGCGGGUCGUGUGAUCUGAUGAUGGGUGUGGGGUGGAGCAGGAGCGGGGUGACCCUGGCACGAACCAUGCCUGCCGCCCCUCAGCGGAGGUGCAGGUCAGGCUCGCGCCCACCCAGAUUAGCAAGCAUCAUUCCCUCCUGCGGGGCUGGGCGGCGGUGUAUGCGUGGAUGGGGCGAACAGCGGCCGGUUCUGUGCGUAGACGGGGUGGGUGUGCGUCCGGUGGAUGAGGUCGGCGUGUGUAGCAGGGUAUGGCUACCGUACACUCCGGCGCCUGUUCCGUGGGCCCUCUCUCCCGUCCACAGGUAGCCUGCGCAACUGACCGGCGUAGGCAUGGCGGAGAGCUUGGGGCGCGUUCAGGCUGGGCGCUUACCGGCCAGACUUGUGCGCUGCGGGGAAGGCGUGUGGGUGGCGUGGGUGGCACAAGCUAGCCCUGGCUGAUGAAGG